CUGCAACCCAAGAUAUUUCAUCCAUCAUGCUCUAUUACGCCCGUCAGUGUUUGCUGCAAUUCAUUGCUUAUCCUGAGAACGUACGCUGGAGGAGUGCAGGCUUAUGCACAGACUCGUCGCCUGCCAUCCGACUCUAAUGUCGGAGCGCACCCUGUGAAUCACGCACCGCUGCCACCGGGCUGAUGGUUAGGACGUCACGACCCACAAGUCAUGGCUUACCCGAAUGGAAGCCGGCUGCCGGAGUCGACCGAGUUCAGACUGCAGACGUUCGUUGGGAUCAAACGAGCUAUCCUAGUUAUCAAACCUGAGUGGGAUGACGAAACGCUUCUGAGGGAACUCAAGAAAACGUAUCGCAAGAGGCGCGGUUGGCUCAGUUGGUGUUGUAUCAGGACCAUUGUAAAGGUGUGGGCACAGGAUGACAUUGUCUAUCCGGAGCAUGUGAACCAAAGCGCGACGAGCGAGCGUUGCUUUCAGCGAAUGCAAUAUUACCUCGAUCACCCGGACGGAUCGAAAGGUCGCCAUGAGUUUAUAUUAGCUCUUACCAUGGACGAGCGCCACGGCAUCGAGUACGUCGAGCGGUAUAAAGCCGCAUGGUUUUAUUGUGCGGCUUUCGGGGUCAUCAUCGUUUUCUCUCUCAUAUCCUCCGUGAUAUACACUGUUGUCAAAGAUGACGUGGUUGGCGGAUUUACAAUUGGCGUAUAUGUCUUUUGGCGCUUCUGACCGUGGUAUCAAUCUGCAUGCCUGCGUUCAAAUAGACGGUUCACUGAAUUCACGCAUAUAUCCUUAUUCGUAAACAUAACAAAGUAUACCCCCAUUGUACUCCACAAGCAGUCUUCCAUUGUUGUUGUACACAGCUCACUCACAUAAGUAGCGGUCGAACUCCUACAUUAUCGCAUUAUUUACCUUUACAGUAGCUGGCUACCCCAGCCUUAAUGUUCUCACAUACCACCACGAAGCCGUGCUCGCAUACUCAUUGCACUAUCCAUACCCUCAUACAUAACACAUACCCGCUAUAGCCAUUCUCCAGAUAUAACCAUCACUGAUAGCUCAG